AUGCCUGUUUUAUCUACCCCCUCUAAGGGUGACCACACUUCUCGGCCAUUCAGCGAUUCAAACAACCCCUUCAUCUCUAGUAGCCAGGCUUCUACGCCCAGCAGACCAGUAAGUAAGAGGCUUAUCCCUAGACCCCAAGAGGUCGUGAACUCUUCUAAGAUUGGAUUGGCCUGUUUACCUCUUGAACGGGAGAAUAUGUGCCGCCGUAAAGGCGCCAAGUUCACCAUGAUCUUGGCUGGUUGCAGCGGCACUGGAAAGUCUACCUUCCUCAAUACCCUCUUUGGAGAGCCCUUGGACGAGUCUAAGGAGACCACUACGUCGAUUUUCUUUGAUAUCAGAGAGAGAAAGUACCAGCUUAUCGAAGGCAAUUUUGAAUUGGAGCUUACCACUGUUGAUGUGCCUGGUUUCGGCGGCAAGAUGGAUAACCAGUAUAGCUGGAUGCCAAUUGUGAAGUACAUUGACCACUACUUCAGGCGGUACAUGCUUCAGGAGGAGCAGCCUGAUAGGCGCCUUCACGAGGAUAACAGGGUUCACGUUUGCCUUUACUUCAUCCAGCCUUCCAACACUACUCUCUCUGCGUUGGAUAUUGAGUCCAUGAAGGAGAUCGCCAAGAGGGUCAAUUUGAUCCCCAUCGUUGCCAGGAGCGAUACACUCAACAAGGAUGAAUUGACAGAGUUCAAGAAGAUCAUCAACAACACCUUGGCCGCCUACGACAUUGGCGUUUGCAAGUUCGUUUCUGACCAAGAGGUCUUGGAUAAGAUCCACAGCGUUUCUCCUUAUGCUGUUGUGGGCUCCAAUGCCAUGUUCAAGAACGACCAAGGGCAAAUGGUCAGAGCUAGGAAGUACCACUGGGGUAUGGUUGAAAUCGAGAACCCAGACCAUUGUGACUUCUUGCUGCUUCGUGAGGUUCUCAUGAGCCACCACAUGCUUGACUUGAUCCAGUCAACCGAAGCCCACUACAACGUCUACAGGUCGUGGUGUUUAAAAGAGCGCUUGGAAAGAGCCGCCGAGAACACCUUGAAUGGAGAGUUGGUUCUCUCUGAAGACUACGAGAACGGGUUGGCCUCGUAUGUUCUCUACAAGAAAGCACUGCCUUGGAACACCAUCAUGUCGCAGGACGAUAUCGAUGCUGAGGACGCCCAGUUAAACAACGAGGUGAGAAAGUCUUUGGACGACCUCGUCAGAAAGCUGGAACAGCACUUCAAAGAGUGGAAACAGACUCUUGUGAAAGACCAAGCCAAGUGCAACGAAGAUUUACGGAAUCACCACGAGCAGAUCACCAAGUUAAAAGAGGAGAUUCGCCAGUUGAACGCGGGUGAAACCGGAAGCCGUAACUUGGAUGACCAAGAUACACGGAGUCCUCUCUUGAAGAACGAGUUCUUGGGUGAGUGA